AAAAUUGGUUCAUUCUAGCGGGUCAAGUGACCUACUUACAGUUUUGAUUUCAAAAUUGUUUUAACUUGUAGCCUUUAUCGUUGCUGACUGUUUCCUAUCGCAUUUUGUAUUCUUUCUGGAUCGUCGACCCACCGAGUCUUUUGUUCUUUUCUCCAUCUUUCUUUACUGUAUUCUCCAUACUCCCCCUAAUACACAAAGUAGAUCCUGACUAAAAACAAUCCGCUACAUGCGUUACGUCGUAACGCAUUCAAAACCUUACACUUUAAACCUCUUGAUUCUAGUAGCGACUUGUAUUAGUCUUGUGCUUACAGUCACCUCAGAAGUAACAGUUCUUAAGUACUUGCUUACGCCUCUUACUCCCAAUAGAGCAUAGGCCACUCACAAGUAAUAUGUGUUACUUGACUGAUUAAGACUGGUCAUAAGGUUGACAUCGAGUCAACAUUUGUGAUGUUAUACUAAAACCUUCAAGGACGUGUACUAAGGUUUAUCGAAGCCUUGGCUAUACGGAAAUUAAAACCCCCUUUAUGCGUUUAAAAACAAUUUGUCCUUAUACUUAACCCACCCUGGUGAUACUGAUUUAUUAUCCAGAGUGGUAAUCACAUUUUUUGUGUACUUUGAUAUUUCUUUUCAUUACGGCUUACCUUUAACCCAUCUAGUUGACAUUUUCAGAUUCAGAUUUGUGUAGUAAGGACAAAAGGCCUAUAGCCUAUGUUAUUCCUUUCCUAGUAUGCUUCUGUGAGUGUCCAGCCUUCUCUUGAAAGAGUCAAUUGAAGGUGCGAACACCACUGCUUCAGGCAGCAGGUUCCAAGUAUUGAUGACUCGGUGUGAAAACCUGUAUGCCACGGGUAUUUUGUUCGUUCUUGGCUUUUCUACUCGCCUGCUAUGUCCUUUGAGGUGUCCCGAUCUAGUGGAAAGAAAGAGAGAUGAUAAGUCAGGUCCGAAAUUAUUUUUCAGUAUUCUGUAUAUCAAAAUUAGAUCUCCCCUCAGUCUGCGAUAGGACAGAGUAAAGAGGUCCAGGUUUUCAAGUCGCUCUUUGUAUAAUAAACCCCGGAGUUCCGGCGUUUCAUAUAAAAAUGUCUUAACAAGUAUACAUGUGAUCAGAUUGUUCGAAAUGUAUUGCGCUUACUGAUUUAUCAGCUCACUUGCUCUUUUGUUUCUUUCUCUUUCAAAUUCUCUUACAUACUGUUCCCCACACUUCUCCAGCCUACAAGAUACCUUUAGGCUAGACGCAGACCUAUCAGAGGCUGAACGUUACAUGCAAUUAUGAAAAAUCCCCCAGCAGCUCUUCCACUUUAUCCUCUUGCAAACCCAAAAGGCGAAGAGCAUGGCUGUGAAGUAUGCUCUAAACCAGCAUGCUUACAAUGUGGGGUAUGCCGGAUCACAUAUUAUUGGUUUGACCAUUAACAUAUGAAUGCAUUAUAUUUCUAGUGGAAUAGAGCAUCAAAAAAUUGAUUGGGUAGGAAUUCAUAAAAAGAUAUGUCUGGAUUUAAUAACGUUUCGAGAAUCUAAGGGAUUUGUAUCAAAGGACAAGCGUGAGAAGAAAAGCGAAGAACUUCAAAACAAAAAUCUUGAUCUGGUCCGGCUCACUCAGCUGGAGAGUCGAAAGCUUUUAUUUAAAGGAAAAUCAGAGGAAGCCCUACCUGCUGCUUUACAGUGUUUGAGGUUUGCAGUGCGUGCAUAUGGAAUAGCUUGUGUUGAAUUAGUAUCACCCUAUCUAGUUCUUGCAGAAUCAUGUAUUGGUCUUGGGAAACUGAAUCAAGCUGAGACUUACCUUGCACAAGCUCAGUGGAUAGUACUUAGAGCACAACAUGGAUGCACAAAUAGUAUACAAUCACAGUUACAUCGUAAACUUGGUUUGUUAUAUGCUGCUAAAGGUAAUUAUGAACUAGCAUUGGCGAGUUUGGCGAAAGAUAUAUUUUAUGCAUCCCUCGAAUAUGGCACCGAUCAUAUUUGCACAGCUGGUGGUUAUUUUCAAAUGGCUGAAGUGUUUUAUACAAUGUAUAAAGCCAAUGGCAACAUAGGUUCCCUUGAUCAGAACUUUCCAGAAAAGUCAACUGAAUUUGUAUGUCCUUCGGUUACGCCGGAAAUUUCAGAAAUAAAUAAACAAAAUAAGUCUCACGGUCCAUUGAUUUAUGAAAGGAAAACGAAAUCAAACAACAGUAUUUCAACAAACUCAGAGUUUUGCAUUCAACCGCCUUCAUCAAAAGCUCAAGUAGUUGAAAAUUUGUAUACACGUGUAGUUAAUAUAUGGGCCAGACACUUAAGGGAAUUAGUAGAAAGCUUGUUAUUCAAACCUGUGUUCUCUGAAGACGUUGGUGCUAUUAUGGUGGAGACUACUCAAAAAGCUAGACAAACCCUAGAUGAUUCACAAAAAGCUGAAGCUGAAAAAAUGCUGUAUGCAAUCGAGAAAUACCAUAAUCAACGUAUCAAUGAAAAUGAGCUUAAUGCAACUACUUGUAAUCCAGCCAAGCCAGAUCCAAAAGUUCAAUUGUAUUUGACUUUGUCAAUGCUAAACUAUAUUUUAGAAAGAAAGCAAGAAUCUAUACAAUAUUUAAUCAAAGCCAAAGUUGCAGCUGAAUUUAUGAUACAACAUCCAAAAAUCACUGUGAAUAUCAAAUUGAUGGAACGUGCCUUCAGUGAUGAAAUAAUUCAACAAGUUGAAUAAAAAUUAUUUCAGACAUAAUUGCUGUUCCUUCUUCUUUUCAUGCUUAAUUUUAUGGAAAGAAAUAAAGUGAUAUUUUUCUCUUCCUAUUUUUUCUACACUGCUUAAAAUCAAUAAAUAAUGUAAUUUAAACGUCAUCAAAAUUCACGAAAUAAAAUGAUACUUUGA